AUGGUAAACCUGCCCCCCAUGGUAAACCAUAGUAAACCUGUCCUCCAUGCCGUAGGAUUUAAGGAAGUGUGGUCGGGCACAGUGGGGUCGGGCACAGUGGGGACGGGCACAGUGGGGACGGGCACAGUGGGGACGGGCACAGUGGGGACGGGCACAGUGGGGACGGGCACAGUGGGGUCGGGCACAGUGGGGACGGGCACAGUGGGGACGGGCACAGUGGGGACGGGCACAGUGUGGUCGGGCACAGUGGGGGCGGGCACAGUGGGGUUGGGCACAGUGGGGUCGGGCACAGUGGAGGCGGGCACAGUGGGGACGGGCACAGUGGGGACGGGCACAGUGGGGUCGGGCACAGUGGGGUCGGGCACAGUGGGGACGGGCACAGUGUGGUCGGGCACAGUGGGGGCGGGCACAGUGGGGUUGGGCACAGUGGGGUCGGGCACAGUGGAGGCGGGCACAGUGUGGUCGGGCACAGUGGGGACGGGCACAGUGUGGUCGGGCACAGUGGGGGCGGGCAUAGUGGGGACGGGCACAGUGGGGACGGGCACAGUGUGGUCGGGCACAGUGGGGACGGGCACAGUGGGGGCGGGCACAGUGGGGUCGGGCACAGUGGGGUUGGGCACAGUGGAGGCGGGCACAGUGGGGACGGGCACAGUGGGGUCGGGCACCGUGGGGGGCGGGCACAGUGUGGACGGGCACAGUGGGGACGGGCACAGUGUGGACGGGCACAGUGGGGACGGGCACAGUGUGGUCGGGCACAGUGGGGGUGGGCACAGUGGGGACGGGCACAGUGGGGACGGGCACAGUGGGGACGGGCACAGUGUGGUCGGGCACAGUGGGGACGGGCACAGUGGGGACGGGCACAGUGGGGGCGGGCACAGUGGGGACGGGCACAGUGUGGUCGGGCACAGUGGGGACGGGCACAGUGGGGACGGGCACAGUGGGGACGGGCACAGUGGGGACGGGCACAGUGUGGUCGGGCACAGUGGGGACGGGCACAGUGGGGACGGGCACAGUGGAGGCGGGCACAGUGUGGUCGGGGCACAGUGGGGGCGGGCACAGUGUGGUCGGGCACAGUGGGGACGGGCACAGUGGAGGCGGGCACAGUGUGGACGGGCACAGUGGGGACGGGCACAGUGUGGUCGGGCACAGUGGGGGCGGGCACAGUGUGGUCGGGCACAGUGGGGGCGGGCACAGUGUGGUCGGGCACAGUGGGGGCGGGCACAGUGUGGUCGGGCACAGUGGGGGUGGGCACAGUGGGGGCGGGCACAGUGUGGUCGGGGCACAGUGGGGGCGGGCACAGUGGGGUCGGGCACAGUGGGGGCGGGCACAGUGUGGUCGGGCACAGUGGGGGCGGGCACAGUGGGGGUGGGCACAGUGGGGACGGGCACAGUGGGGGCGGGCACAGUGGGGGUGGGCACAGUGGGGGUGGGCACAGUGGGGGUGGGCACAGUGGGGACGGGCACAGUGGGGGUGGGCACAGUGGGGGUGGGCACAGUGGGGACGGGCACAGUGGGGGUGGGCACAGUGGGGACGGGCACAGUGGGGGUGGGCACAGUGGGGUCGGGCACAGUGUGGUCGGGCACAGUGGGGGUGGGCACAGUGGGGGUGGGCACAGUGGGGUCGGGCACAGUGGGGGUGGGCACAGUGGGGUCGGGCACAGUGGGGUCGGGCACAGUGGGGGUGGGCACAGUGGGGGUGGGCACAGUGGGGACGGGCACAGUGGGGGUGGGCACAGUGGGGGUGGGCACAGUGGGGACGGGCACAGUGGGGGUGGGCACAGUGGGGGUGGGCACAGUGUGGUCGGGCACAGUGGGGACGGGCACAGUGGGGGUGGGCACAGUGGGGGUGGGCACAGUGGGGGUGGGCACAGUGGGGGUGGGCACAGUGGGGGUGGGCACAGUGGGGACGGGCACAGUGAUUUCACUUUAG